CCCCCGGCACCGCCCAGGAAGGGCGGCCGCGCUGUGCCGCCAUGUCGGGAGCGCCGGGGCCGCCCGCGGGGCCCGGCCGCUGCCCGCUGCCUUGCGCCCUCCGCCCUGCCGCCACCAUACAGUUGGGCGGGGGGGCCGAGCCGGCGCGGCCCGGCGUCGCCAUCAUCGACCUCCGCUUCCCCCGAGGCGCCGCCGCCGAUGUGCAGGAGAUCGUCUUCAGGAACUUCUACACAGCCUUCCUGAGCGUGCGGGUGCAACGCCUCGGCCCCGCCGGCUCCCGCCGCUGGGUGACCUGCCUGCGGGACUACUGCCUGAUGCCCUGCCCGCACACUGAGGAGGGCUCCCAGGACUACUUCUCCCUCCGACGCCACCAGAUGCUGUGCGAUGUGGACCAGGUGACGGUGGUGCGGUUCAUCCUGCGGCAGCCCUCCCCAGUCUGGCUCCACUUCACCAUUGAGGAGCUGCAGAUUUUCCCCCCUGGACGGAAGAGCCCCCAGAAGGAUUUCCCCUCCUGGCUCUCCCAGCUGACCCCUCCGGAGCAGCCAGCCAGCCUGCAUGGAGAGCUCCCCGACCCAGAGAAGGUGUCGACGGAGGUCCAGCAAAUGUGGGUGCUGACAGAGGUGAUCCGGGCUCGCCAGGCAGCUGCCCGCAUCGGGCGCUUCGACGUGGAUGGCUGCUAUGAUAUCAACCUGCUUUCCUACACAUGAGCCCUGCUGGUGGCGGCCAGAGGGGUCCGGCUCCUCUGCACUCCCAGGGCCCAAGCAAACUCCUGUGCUCCCGCACUGGCCUUUGUCACUGUGGCCCGGCAGGUUUCCAGGCCCUCCCCGUGCCCCUUCCCUAAUUCUUCCUGUGCUGGCUGGCAGAAGUUGGGCAGCGCUGCUGCCCCGGAGCCCCCCGUGAGCCUCUCCCACCCGGGUGCCCUCCAGCUACCAUGGGUUUGCUCUCGGGCCAUCCCGUGCUGCUGCUCCCUGGUGUGGGCAGAGCCCAGCUCCCCAGCCCUCCCUCUGCCCUGGUGAGUGGCCCCGGCCCUGCCUGCAGGGCGAGGACCCCGCCGCCAAGGGCGUGCUGGGGCCGGCGCCCACUGCGCUCGGAGGGCCGAGGAGGUGCCGGGCGGGCGGCGGGGAGAGCCUCGGUCACGACUAAAAGCUGCUACCUUGG